GUACAGAAUGUACACAGGAGAUGCACGAGAGCCGUCACUCUGCGUGUUGGUGGCGUUGAACGGGUUUCUUAUGUAAAUGACACAUGCUCAGCUCUCCAUGGGGUAUACCACAUAUAUAUCACAUGGAAAGUACAUGAAGAGGAGUUGCUGUGUUGCCUGAUCCGCCACUGUUCACACCAAAAGCUACAUUUAGUAGUGAGUGAACAGCAGACCACACACAUAUCUAAGUUAUAACAUUAGAGAACAGCAGCAGUGUCGAAUUUGACCACACAGUGUAAAAAGAAAGACAACAACGUGAUAACAGACUACACGCGUUGGCCACGGUCGGGAGGGGGCGGAGCUCCCUCUCAUGUGUGAACGCCAUAAAAGCGUGUUUUAAAGGGUGCAGAAUCACGUCCAUGCUCCUGGAGACCUGCUGCUGCUGCUGCUGCUGCUGCGACGACCCGCUGCUUCUGGAGACCCGCUGCUGAGACCCAACCAGCUGAAAAGAAGCUUACUACUUCCUUACUUAUCGAAAGCACAGGCAGGCUGUACCGAAAGAUGGCGGCUUCAUUGCUGAGGCUGGGACGACUGAGCUGUGUCAAGUGUUUGCAGGCUGAGAGCUGGAUUACUCUGAACAGAGCACCUGCAGCUGCAGCCCUUAGCACAAAAUCUGGAGGUUCCAAGAAGUCUUCAAAAAAGAACAGUUCUGACAAAGACCAGGCUAAAACAUACUUCGAUGUAGAGAAACUGAUCCAGCACAAGUCGUAUGAGUUUCCCAAGAAAGGAUCAGCAGUACCCGCUGCUGCUGAAGCUGCAGCUAGAUCAGUCGCAGAGCCCACACCCUCUGCGGCUGCACCCGAGGCUGUGGCAACUACCCCUGUGGUAGAAGCUGCUGCUGCAGUUGUUGAAGCAUCUCACACUAUGGAAGUUUCUGAAACUCCCUCAGCAGUUGAGGUCACACCGGUGAUUGAGGCUGUUGCCGAAGCGGCGCCCAUUGUCGCGGCUGUUGCCGAAGCGGCGCCCAUUGUCGCGGCUGUUGCCGAAGCGGCGCCCAUUGUCGAGGCUGUUGCCGAAGCGGCGCCCAUUGUCGAGGCUGUUGCCGAAGCGGCGCCCAUUGUCGAGGCUGUUGCCGAAGCGGCGCCCAUUGUCGAGGCUGUUGCCGAAGCGGCGCCCGUUGUUGCCGAAGCUGCGCCCAUUAUCGAGGCUGUUGCCGAAGCUGCGCCCAUUGUCGAGGCUGUUGCCGAAGCUGCGCCCAUUGUCGAGGCUGUUGCCGAAGCUGCGCCCAUUGUCGAGGCUGUUGCCGAAGCUGCACCAGUGGCUGUAGCAUCUGUUGCUGAAGCUACCCUAGUUAGUGAAGCACUGGUUAAAUCUGCUCCAGAACCGGCUCCAGCAGAACCUCUUGUCGAACCUGUUGCUGAAGUUCCUGUCGCAGCUGCUCCUGAAACCCCUGCUACAGAUGCUGUACCAGUUGUGGAAGAUGCCACUGAAGUUGUCCCUGCUGAAGCUGCCCCUGCCGCAGUAGAAGCUGAAGCUGCUGCAGAGCCUGUCGAUGAGGCUGCAGCUGAAGUCUCUGCCCCUGUGGAGAGCACCGAGCAGCUGGCGGACCCUGCUCCAGUGGUAGCUGAAGCUGCAGGAGAGGAGCUGCAGGCGGACACCCCAGCUGAACCCAUUGAACCGCUUGAGGCUCAAAUGGACCCAAUCCAGAAGCUCUUCUUGGACUCUAUACGCGAGUACUCCACAAAAAGCCAGGCUACUGGGGGGUUAGUGGAUGCAGGGUCAGAGUAUGAAAAGUCCUUGGCAGAGGAGGUAGCGAAGCUCCAGAGACUCUAUGGUGGUGGAGAUCUCGCAUCUUUCCCAGAGUUCAAAUUUACAGAGCCCAAGUUGGAUGAAGUUACCCAGAAAUGAACAGCAGCACUUUGCAAUAAACAUUGUUUUAUGUUGCCUUUUCCCUUUAUAUCUGUGUUAACAAACCAUCACCUCUAGUUUUGUAUGUGAGAAAAGUUUCCAUGGCUGUAGCGAUAUAGUUUAUGAAUGGAUGUACAUUUGUUGCAGACAAAAUUGAAUUUAGAGCUGUGAAAUGAGCUGAAUGUGAAUUAAAACAAUAAAUCCCUUUCCAUA